AUGGGACCAUCCAGACACAACGCUCGGGCAGCGGCCGGCUCGGCCGGAUCUUUGUCGAAUCGCAACGACGAGUCCACAUCCGCUUCCGCUUCUAGAUCCCCAGCUGCCCCUUCAAGAACACCAACGCGUCCUUCGCCGUAUACCAGGACACCAAACAAACUAUCGUCGUCCGCCCUCGCAGUCGGUCCGAGUACGCCUACAUCGCGUACCAGCUCGCCCAUGAUGCUGCGAGAGAUCUUUUCCAUGAUCAGUCCCUUCCGUGGCUUGAGCAGGGCCCGACGCUCGGCUGCGUUCGGAGCAGCAGACGAGGCCAAUAUGGAUCAAGAUGCAUUGGAGGCAGAUGACGGUGCCCCGCUCGGACAAUCUUCAGAGCUCGAGAAUGUGGAAGAAGGCGUCGAUGCAGAAGACCGCAUGAUAGAAGACGCCGAAGAGGGCUUCUCCACUGGAGCAGCUGAACGAUCUGCUCAGGAUGCGCCGAGCAGCCAGCUGAGUGUACUCUCAGACGCACCUUCGACCAUUCGAUCGCCCAGUCCGAGACCCCGCUCGUCGCUUGCCCCACCUGCCAAACACCUUCCAUUGGCCGACAGCGGAUUGGUCACACCUGGCCUUCGUCGUCAAUUUGCAGCAUCACCGUCACAUCCAAUCUCAUCGACACCUCUUGCAUCGACCUCUCAGGUACCUCUUGCAGCACAGACCAGUCCAGUCUCUCGCAACUACGACCUUUUGGCACGCUUCUUCUCCGAGAAGCAGCGAGGUGGUCAAGGCGGACUCACCGAAGUCGAAGUCGAAGGCUGUAUCCGAUUGAUCGAAGAGAGCAUGGCGACGGGGCGCAACCUCGAGUCCGAGUUCGCUGGUGCUUCGCAUCACGAGCGACACUUUGCGCCCGUGCAGAUCGGUGGCUUUGCCCCCUCGUCUCGCGCCAGCAGCAUCGCCCCUCCUGCCUUCCCGUCUUCGCAGAGCACAAACACGCUCUUCCAUCCCGGCACCAGCAAGUUCAAUACCUCUUCGAGUGCGUAUUCUUUCCUUGCCCCUCGUGCGCCUGCAUCACACUCUGGGUUUGGCGUCGCGACGUCCUCUUCGACGUCGUCCGCGCGCAGACGACCCAUCUAUCUCGGUCCCGGCAUGAGUGGACUCUCGCUCAACCGCCGCAGACCCGUCGUGGCGAGUGCGUCGCGUGCAGCUGCCAUGGCAAAGACACAAGGUUUCAGCUCGAUGCCACGAUCCAGCACGGAUCCCAGCCUCGCGCGAUACGCCAGGGAUGGAGCGGACGAGACAAACGAUGUUGCCGAUCGUGCCGAAGAGGCAAAACGCCGCCGCACUGGGAUGGAUGCCGCAGGUCCUGCCUCAUCCGUCAAUGGCCGCGUGCCAUCUGCGGACGAGACGGUUCAAUUCGAGCCCGCAUACGAGAAGCAGGCGCGUCAGAGCAGCUUGCUCGCCAAAGACAUCGCUGCCUCGUCGCCAGGCAAAGCCACGUCCACCGGCUCUCCCUUGAAGCGGGCAGCUCCAUCGCAAGAGACUGUUGCCGCCGCAGCGGCCAAGACGAGCCCACCAAAGACCACCACACGCACCGCCAGCGCGAUUCAAGACAUCCUCAAAACCACGCCGCUGGUGCGUCCACCAACCAAGCCUGAGCUCGUCAAUCCGUACCAGUCGGCGGCGCCCUUGCCCGCUAAGAGCAAGCCAGCGGCCGAAGAGGCGAUACCCGUGCGCCGCUCUGCUCGCACUUCGAUGCUCACGCGCGCCAAAGCCAGAGAGACCGCCAGAGCCGCGGAAAAGCACAGCCCUCCCAAGGAGUCUGUGCUUGACCUCAUCGAGCGAACCGCACCCAAGACGAUCAGUAAGAGGAAGGCGGCACCCGAGACGUCGGAGUCCAGGCGCGAUGAAGUCACAUCUGCGCCCGAGCCCGCCUCCAAGCCCUCCUCAGAGUCAACGAGUUCGACAGAAGAACGCAAGCUGCAAAAGACGGAAGAGGUACAGCGUCGUCUGGAAGCGCUCAACAAGGCCAAGAGCCAGCAGAAGGAAGAGCAGAGUGGCAGUGCUCCGAAGCCCGCCGUGACCGACAACAAGUCUACAUCCAAGAUCUCGUCAAACCUCGUGCCACCGCAGUACACGGCUAGCAAGCCCAAGAAGCCUUCGCCCUUGUCAGCCGCUUUCCAGGCUCCCGACUCGCCCAGCUCCGACACGGAGAUGACAUCGGCGCCUUCCGGUCAACCCCGCGGUCCCGCCAUCGCGCAGCCCUCCUUUAGCUUCGGCAGUCCCGCAAAGACGACAACGCCGUCGGCUGGCUUCUCGUUCGGUGCUGCGAAACCGAGCGACCCUUCCGCGGCAGCUGCGCCAUCUUCUGCUGGAUUCUCGUUUUCGAAGCCUGCGGCAUCCACGACACCAGCGUCGUCUGCAGCUCCCGCCAGCAUCCCCUCGUUCUCCUUCAGUCCUGUCGCAGCAGCACCAUCACCGCAGAAAACGGCGGCAAGCGCUGCCCCAGCAAGCACCGCGUUCAGCUUCUCGGCUCCCUCGUCUUCGUCGGUGUCGACGGCAGCCUCGAGUUGCUCGCUCGCAACGUCGCAGCCUAGCUCGAUCCGCAGUCAAGUGAUGGCCGAAGAUGCCUCGAGCCUGCCGCGAUUCGAGUGGCAGGUGCCUGCAGUAGCGGCAUCCACCAGUCAACACGCAGACAAGGCGCUGCGAGACGAGAUCAAGUUGGCAGCCGAGUCUGCCUUGCCCAAGUUCGACUUUGUUUACGACGUCACGACGUCGUCCGACGCCGAGAAGGGCGGUGCGGCCAAGACUGCUGCUGCGCCUACCAGCGCCGACUUCAGCUUCUCCGCAUCUACGCCGGCCCCAGCCGCAUCCGCGCCGACGUCAGCACCAGCAACAACCCCCGCUGCAACCGGCAGCGACAGCGCCGCAGACUCGGAGAGCACCGACGAUCCCAGCAAGCCCUCUUCAUCAGGCCUGCUCGGCGAAGGCGAGGGCGAAGAGUCCGAAUCGACUUUGCUCACCGUGCGAUCCAAGAUCUGGCGUCUGGACAUGUCGACGAAAUCGUGGAAGGAUCUCGGUGUCUGCGUCGCCAAGAUCAAGCACGACUCUUCCACCAACAAGCACAGGCUGCUGGCUCGAAACGAGGCCAACGGAAAAGUGGCGGUCAACUUCUUGAUCUACAAGGGUCUCAAGAGCAGCCUCGAUAAGACGGUGAAUGCGUUUUUGGGAUUUGACGGAAAGGACCCGACGCAGUACAGGAUGAAGGUCAAGACGGAAGACGAUGCGAAGGAGUUCAAGGGUGUGCUUGAGGAGGCAGCGGUCUUUGUGGUUCGAAGGUUUGUAGAAUUGCAGGAAUGGAGGUUCUUGCAGAGAGAUCGACAAGGCAAUUACUUUGUCCAAGAGCAAAACAACUUUCUUGAAUCGGACUCUUCUUCAGUCUUUUCUCUCGCUCGCUUUCACCUUCCGUCUCGGCUGACGAUCCUCCUCAUCGAUUCGUCUGUGAACGAGCAGUGUUUUCGAAGGAAACACCCUUCACAUGUUGGACCGGUUCCGGGAAAGAGUCGACACCCAGACGAUGAGGCAGAAUGCGAUCGGGAAAGAAGAUUAAGGAAGAAUGCGAUUCUUGGUGACGACCGCUUCGGCGGUAUCGGCACGUCGAAGGAUCUGCUCUCUGAUCGGCGAUGGGGAUAA